AUGGUGACUCAGAAGAGAAUCAAAGGUAACUUUGAACGAUCAAUCAUCGUUGGUUCGAUCUCUCAUUGGUUGGGUAAGAAAGCAGAUGGUCAUACUCAUACUCAUAAAUGGUCUGCCUAUAUCAAAGGAAUAAACAACGAAGAGCUACCUUUUAUAAAAAAGGUUGUUUUUCAUUUACAUUCUAGUUUUAAGAAUCCAAAUAGAGCUGUCGAGAUACCACCUUAUGAAAUUAGUGAAACCGGUUGGGGAGAGUUCGAUCUUGGUGUAACGGUGUACUUUGUAGAUCCCAAUGAGAAACCUCUGGAUUUGUUUCAUCUGCUGAGAUUGCAUCCUCCCGAUGGUGUCAAAACAAAGCAACCGGUGGUAUCAGAGACAUUGGAUGUUAUCAUCUUCCACGACCCUACCGAAUCAUUCUACAAUCUAAUCAAACUACCAGAGAAACCUGCAGAAGCUGCCAAGAAUCAUGCAUUAAAACUUGCACAAGAUCAAAAUCUAACUUUACAGGAACAAGCAGAGAUUAAUAAGUUAAUAGAUGGCAGAACAAAGACGAUUGCAGAUGUGCAGAAAUAUAGAGAUAUGUGGAAGGAGAAAGAAGGUGAAUCACUUCAACUCUAUCAAUCUAUACAACAAAUGGAAAAGACAAAGUUAAUCUAUCAAAAGAAACUAGAGAAAUAUAAUCAGAUGAAACAACAACAACAACAACAGCAACAACAACAACAACAAAUAGAUACAAAUAUGACAGAUGUAAAUAGUAACGUAAUUAAUCAACAACCGAUACCAAUGGAUUUGACAACAGCUGCAACAACAACAACAACAAAUACAAAUAAUACAACAGCAUUUACAACAACAACAAAUUCAAAUACAGUUAUAAUAUAA